GGAUAGAGGCGACCCGGGCACGGCUGGCUGCGGAGCGCCCGCGGCGGUUUUCCGCGCCUUGCGUCCGCUCCCACGGCCGUGCUUCUCCGGUCCGCACCGUGACCCGCCGGCAUCCCCCGGCAUCCCGAGCCCCGCAGCACCCUGUCGCACUCCGAGACCGCCCUCUCCAAGCUAUGACAGCGGUCCUUCCACUUCUAACCGUUGCGUAGCCAGCCUCAGCUCGAGUCCUUGGGACGUUUCCGUGACAAUUUUUGCAGACCUUCCCUUACUGAAAGACAGCUCCCAUGUGCUCGCCAUUCUCUCUGCAAGCCUAUCCGUUUUCUUCUGAUAUGGUCUAUAAAGUCCCUGCAGCCCUCUAGCACUACUGACAGCCCAUCUCCUGUAGGACCGUGUGCAGUCCUGGGUAGUUUAGAGAUUCUUCUCUAAACUUAAAAACAUGCUUCAUAAUUCUGUGUCAUUACAUCCCCCGUGUGCCAAUUUAAGCAACUGAGAAUGAAAAGAUGCCCUUUAUUCCUUUUUCUAAUCUUUUCCUUUCCCUAUAUCUUCAGUUCCCCUGUAGCCUGUUGCACAUCCUGUAGCCUUUGAGAGACCUCUGGGAACUCUAAGGUUCUUCUGCAAAGCCCCCAUAUAUCCCUUCCUCUGCAAAUACUCCAUAACUGGCAACGUAAUCAGCUUGCAUAAUUGGUUAAUAGAUACAUAAACUGGGACAGGAAGAAGUGCUGUCUUACAUCCUUCGACAAAUGCCACAGUAGUGCCCAGUUUGGCAUGAUCCUGACAUCCUGUGGAAAGAAGUAUCAGACUUCCUAACUAGCUUCUGUGCCCUGCAUGCUAAUGAAGAACUGUCUUACUAACACCUAAGUAACCUUCAAAGACCCUAGACUAUCUCAACACAAAUGUAUCUAAAGGAAUUUAGGACAGAGCAGUGCCCCCUAUUUUUGCAGCACAAGUGUACCCAGCACAGACCAUUUACCUGUUUUCAUUGGCAUUUCCUAAAUCAGCGUCGUCGUAGACCUAUGCGAAGGCGUGAUGGGACUUUUAACUACAGUCCAGAUGUUUAUUGUACAAAAUAUGAUGAGACUACAGGAAUCUGCCCAGAUGGAGAUGAUUGCCCUUACCUGCAUCGAACAACAGGGGAUACAGAAAGGAAAUAUCAUCUCAGAUAUUACAAGACUGGGACGUGCAUUCAUGAAACAGAUGCCCGGGGUCACUGUGUGAAGAAUGGAAUUCACUGUGCCUUUGCUCAUGGUCCACAUGACCUUAGACCACCAGUGUAUGAUAUAAGAGAACUUCAGGCACAGGAAACCUUACAGAAUGGGCAACUAGGAUGCGGUGAAGGCAUUCCAGAUCUGCAACCAGGAAUUUUAGCAAGCCAGGCAAUGAUUGAGAAGAUCCUUAGUGAAGAUCCAAGAUGGCAGGACACAAAUUUUGUAUUAGCUGGCUACAAGACAGAACAAUGUACCAAGCCACCCAGACUCUGCCGCCAGGGUUAUGCAUGUCCACACUAUCACAAUAGUCGAGAUAGAAGACGAAAUCCCAGAAAAUUCAAAUACAGGUCCACUCCUUGCCCCAAUGUAAAACACGCAGAUGAAUGGGGUGAACCUUCAAGAUGUGAAAGUGGAGAUAGUUGUCAAUAUUGUCAUUCUCGUACAGAGCAGCAGUUUCAUCCUGAGAUAUAUAAAUCUACAAAGUGCAAUGACAUGCGCCAAACAGGUUACUGCCCACGUGGUCCAUUUUGUGCGUUUGCACAUGUUGAAAAGGACACCAUGAAUGUAGUCAUACUGCAAACUGGUUGUCAAUCAAAGCCAGGCGCUCACCUGUUUUCAACAGACAGCAUAGGAAUUGCAAAUGAAUGGAGCAGCAGUCUUAACUCCACAAACAGCAUUACAAAUAGCAGUGGGCAGUCUGGAAAUAUUUCCUGUUCUUCAAGUCCAACUGUAACAUCAAGUUCUGGUAGCAGUAGUUCUUUAUCACCCCUUGGACCUCUUUGUAGACAGAGAUCAUUAGCAAAUGGUGUUUUGUGUUCUGAGUCUAGCACAUCAGGUGUUUCUUCACCAACAUCUAGCUAUCCAAAAGCACCGGGCUUUGAACGAGAAGAUCAGGCAAAGCAUCGAAGCUUCCCAGCUGAGAAUCAGCAGAAAAUAAAUGAACAAGACAACAAGCAGAACCAUCUCAGUGUUUUUUCAGCGGUUAACCCACUUGCUUCAAGUAUAACUUCCAGUCUGGCUUCCAGUGUUGGAUCAGAUAGUUCAUCUCCUACAACUGUCUCUGCUAUCAGUGCCAAAGCUCUCCCAUUCUACUCUGGCAGUAACACAGUUGAAUCAGUAAUAGGUUCUGCUUUAGAUUUGCAUUUUAAUGAUGUGAACGUCACAUCCAUAGAUAGAGAAUUAGAAGAUCAAGAAGGCAGUGACCUUGGAUUAGCAAGUCAAAGACUACUGGGAAGUUCAGCACCUGUCAAUAUUCCAGGUUCUCUUGUUCGGUCCUCAUCUUUACAUUCAUCAUCAUCCCUUUCAACCUCUCCACUCAGUUCUCUUUCACAAUCGCUGUCUCAGUCUUUUGUUUCAUCCACUACGGCUCCUCACCACCAGCAGCCUCAGCCUUUGAAGACAGAACAUAGUAUGUUAGGCACCUCAGCCUCUUCUCACAACUCUUUAGGUUUAAAUGGUGUUACAGGGAGCAUUUGGGACUUUGUAACUGGGAGUUUCUCCCCUAGUCCAUCCCCAGUACUAAGCAGUGGCACUACCCCCUCAUUAAGUUCAAACACCAGUGGGAAUGAACUAACUCGAGUUAGACAGGAACUUGAUGAUGCCAAGAGAAAACUAAAACAAUGGGAAGAAUCUUGGCAACAAGUAAAACAGGCAUGUGAUGCAUGGCAGAAAGAGGCUCAAGAAGCAAAAGAACGUGCUAACAUCGCAGAUGCAGACAAACAACUCGCUCUUCAGAAGAAGGAGGAAGUGGAAAAUAAAUUAAAAAGGCUGAAGGCACAAUUAGCUGCUUGUCUAUCUACUACAUUACCUUAUAUGAAAAACUACGGAGAUAUAGAAAAGAUAUCCUUGCCAAAGCUUCGUUCCUUACAAAAUCGGCUGCACUUAGAUUUAGAAACAAUAGAUGAGGUGAUUUUUCAGCUUCAGUCAAAGAAAUGUAUCGUAUGUCAGGAAGGUGAUCGUAGCAUUAUCCUGAAUCCAUGUCAACAUUAUGUACUUUGUGAUCACUGUGCAGCCACACAAGAAGAAUGUCCCUGCUGCAAGAAAAAAAAAAAUCUGUGGUAACAUACAGGCAUAGUACUCGUAUCAUGUUCAUGAAUUAAAUAAUUUUAUGGUUUUGUAUUUUGUAUAAGAAUUAUAUCACUGAUAAUUAAUCCAUUUAAUAGUGCUAGACUGAUUUCCAUUUUGAUGUGAGAAACUUAGUUGCUUUAAGAUAGAGAAUAAGGCUUGCUCACCUUUACAUAUCAACUUCAGUCAUUUGAUGAGGUUCUUUCAUCCCCCCCCAAUCCCAUCGCAGCCUUUUCUGACAUCCAAUUACAUUCCUAGUGCACAAGCUACUUAGGUUCAUUUGCACUGUAAUCACUUUGUAUAAAUCGUACCAUAAUGCCUGAAUGAAGUGUUUAUACCUGUUAUUUUCAUUAACAGAAGAUGGAUACAUAGGUACAGUAACUACACGCUCAGCAGUACAAAUGGUCCCUUUGCCACGUCUGUUGUGUGUGGAAUGCCAGAGCCAGUAUUUUGGAAUCGGUCUAACACUAUGUUUACUUGGAUGUUCGAAAAACUCUGAUUAAUAUAAAAGCACUUUUUAAUUAUUGUGUUUUGUUAGAAGAUAUGUUGUAAAUUGCUUCAAGCUGCUUUCUAGGUCUUAUGUUUAUUUUUUAAUAUGCAAUAAUAGGACGUGUUAUAUGUGUACUGUGAAUUUAAAAUAUUUCACAUGGUUUUACUGUUAAAUCACAAUAUGAUUAAAUAGAAAUUACAACUUAUCUGGUUUUUUUACAAUUUAUAAGUUAACCACAUACUGUAGUAUUUAUAAAUGUACCAGCAGAGACAAAAACAGUGAGGCACAUACACUUUCAUAUUCGAAGACAUGUUUUCAAUUUCGUGAAACAGAUCAGUUUUAGUAAACAACUGUGCAUUUGCAUAUUUCCCUCAGUUUGGAUGUUUGUAGUCUUAAAGUUUUUGUACAUCUCCUAACCUGUGUGGUACUCAUCGGGAGCAGAUAUGAUAUAUAUAAUAUUACGAAGUGCCUAUGCCCAAUAUCCUAUAAAAUGGCAGAAGACAAAAAAAGAAUUUUGCAAAUAAUUUCUAUUGCUUAAUUUUGUAUUGAACAAUUUGACGAUAACUAGAAUACGUCUCUUGCUUUUAUAAAUAUUUAAAAAUACACUUUUUUUCAGUAAUGAAGUAAUGCAUGUUUGAAAGGAACUACAAAAUUAUUUAAGUAUGUAUUCAGGCAGUGGCACUUUGACACAGUGAUUCUUUUAAAAGGUGGUAAUAUCCUUACUUCAUCCUGGGAGUUGGAACAUGCAAUUCAGGAGGAGAAGUUAAUUAAUUACUGCAUGUUAACACUGUAUAUUUUUAUUUUUCUUACAUGGAAUAAUUGCCUGUAUUACUCCUUUUUCUGUUAAAUUCAGGUGUGACACUAGUACAACUUAGAUUGAAAUGACCUACUACUGUGUUACAUAAUUUGUAUCUCUGUAUUACUGUAUUCAGUACAAAAAGUGAGCUCACACAGGCAGCAAAGACUUAAUCUAUUUAAAGUUCAGUCAUGCUAAAACAAAAACCAAGAUGUAUACUAAAAUUACUCUUGUCAAAAUAGAGCUUUUAGGACUGUGUCAGCAUUAAAUAAAGGGCUCAAGCCAAUAGUACUGAAAUCACUGUCUCCUUUGGGUUUUAGCAUUCUUUGUACAAAGGCUUGAGUUAGCAAAAAAUCAUGACACCUUUUCUGUGAGAACUAAAUGUACAGACUUGUUGCUGCUUUUGUAAGACAUGUUGAUCUGCAGGAGCAUUGAGGACCUUUUGGGAAGGGAGAAGUAGGAUAAAAUAUUAAAUAUAUUUCUACUUGCUUCUGUUUCAAAAUUUUGUCUGAAGAUCAUUUUAAAUACCAAAGUUGGGUUUAAUAAUGUGAUUUUAUGUGACUUUAACACAGUUUCUCUAAAAUGUUUCUACUGAGAAAAGUAUAAAAUUGGACUGUAUUUGCAUUUUCAAAUACACUUUUCUGUCCUAAAAUAAGAUAUUACCAUUUUAAAGGUGUAGCCAGCUUUGGACUUUUAAAAAGAAGAACUCGGAUCACCAAGUUUGGCUGUAGGUAUUAAUGUAUUUUUUGCAUCGUGCAGUCUAUGACAAAGACUGAUUUUUGAACUUUAACAACAUUUUGGACUAAAGCAAACUUGGUUUUGUUUUUUUUAAAACAGUAAGCAAAUCAAAGCAUAAUGUGUAAUUAUAGUUUGAAAUCAUGUUACAUACUUUUCAAACAAGCAGUUAUUUUGGCCAUCAAUUUACUAUAUUUAGCUAGUGUGGAACAUCAUUCUGCAACCAUUGUGCUCACAAAAACAUUUAGAAAUAUCUUAGUGAAAAUUUUUGCUUUGGUAUUUUAGAAGAAACCAGCUUAGGCCACAUCGUGCUGCCCAUGUGCAGCUAUGUGACAUUUGUUACCCACGAGAUACAGAAGCGUGAUUUUGUGCUGUCUUGUCAAAGUUUAUAGUUCUUCAUGGGUAUUUUAGUGCAUUUGCCUAUAUCCUAGGACUAUUUUUUGGUCCUCCUUUUUUUUUUUUUUCUUUUGGUAGUAGCAGGUGAUUUUCCUAAUCUCACAACACCAACAAAAAAGGAAUGUAAAGAGCACUUGCAGUGUGAAUCAUCACAUUGACAUUCAUGGUUUGUGUGCGCUGCAUUUUUAGAGGAAAUGAAGUAAUAUGUUUAGUCUGUUGCUUUUUAAAGUUGUAUGAUUUGUGGUUUACAGUGAUGAAUCUUGAAAAUAAUUAUGUGUGUCCUAUAAUAAUAUCAGUACUGAAAAUUUUGCAGGUAUUCCCUCUAAGUUUCUUUGGUGCUGAAUUACAGACACAUUUAAAAACUAUCAACAAACCAUUCUGUGGACAAGGAAAAAACACAUACCAAAGAAACAUACCUAUGUGUGAAAUUCUCAGACUGGGCCGCUUGCUGUAAUUAUAGAUGAAUCCUUAGGUAAUCACUUGAACCAUAUGUCACCAUACAUAGCAGUCAUAUGAAAAUAAUAUAGUUGUUCUUCACUGAAUUCUUUUUGUGAGGAAUUACAAGCAAAGUUUUCUGUAUCUUAUUAACGCAAGUCAACUGCAAGUACAAAUAAAUACAUACUUUUACAUCAGUACUUUAAAAUGGAAGAUGAUAAAAUGUAUGCAGUUGACUAGCAGCGACUAUUUGGAAGAAGUCAGAAAUGAAACCUGACCUUUGUAAGUAUU